AAUACGAUGAUAUUUUCGUAGCGGGCGCGGGAGCCAUGGGUAUCGACCGUCCCGCUACCACUGCUGGACCUCACACCGGAACUCCUCCGAUCAAUAUUAGUUCCCCAGCAAUGCGUCCGGCCGACUCUGCCAAAACGCGGAAAUCCAUCCCUCCUGCUGAGAAACUAGACUUCGAUGUUGUUCUGAAGAAAGCAAAGAAGAACAAGAAGAAGAAGAAGGCCAUGAAGCCUGGCGCUCCAGCGAUGACGACCAUUCGCGGCUUUCACACCCCGGUCACGUCUGGAGGAGAGGAAUCCGACUACUCAGUCAUCCACACUCCGAGGCUUGGUCCCACCAUUGCCGACUUUGGUAGCGUCACCAGCAGUCCAUCUUUAAGGCCAAUCUCUGCCGCUGGAGGUAUCAGCUCGUUGAAGCAAAAGCUUGAGGCUCUUAGCAUCAGCUCUGGGACGACUACGCCUACCAGGAGCAACCUGACUGGAAUGUUACGGUCUGGCAUCUCCAGCAAUGCCAGCGUUUCUGGGCUUGACAGCGAUAGCGACAGGACUGAGAUGGAGAGCUAUGAAGUCAACUUCGAGACCGACUUUGUCAGUUCCAGUGCGCCAGCUAAGACCGAUGAGGUGCAAGAAGGCGGCGAUGUGCGCGGCGCAUCCACCAUGCGCAAGAUGACCGCGAGUGACUUCGAGCCCCUCACCUGCCUCGGGAAGGGGAGUUACGGAACGGUCCUCCUAGUCAAGCAACGCGAGACCGGCCGCCUCUACGCACAGAAGCAGUUCCGGAAGGCCUCCAUGACCGUCCACAAGAAGCUAAUCGAGCAGACCAAAACCGAGCGCGCAAUCCUAGAAAGCGUCAACCGCCACGCCUUCGUCGUAAAGCUCUACUACGCCUUCCAAGACCACGAGAAACUCUACCUGAUCCUCGAAUACGCCCAAGGCGGCGAGCUCUUCCACCACCUCGCGGCCGAGCGCAUGUUCCCGGAAGAAACCGUCGCCUUCUACAUGGCCGAGAUGGUCCUGGCCCUCGACCACCUGCACCGCACCGUCGGCGUCAUCUACCGCGACCUCAAGCCCGAAAACUGCCUGCUCGACUCCGAAGGCCACCUGCUGCUGACCGACUUCGGCCUUAGCAAGGUCGCCUGCGACGGCGAGACCAACUGCAACUCGUUCCUCGGCACGAUCGAGUACAUGGCGCCAGAGGUCAUCGCGGGCGUCAAGUACGGCAUGGCCGUCGACUGGUGGUCCUUUGGCGCGCUCGGCUUCGACCUGCUGACCGGCGCGCCCCCCUUCGCCGGCAACAACCACGCCAAGAUCCAGGAGAAGAUCCUCAAGCAGAAGCUCGUGCUGCCCUACUAUCUAGGGCCCGACGCCAAGGACCUCUUGACGCGCUUGCUGCGCAAGGAGCCCAAGAAGCGCCUCGGCGCCAACAUGCCCAAGGACCUCAAGAUCCUCAAGGAGCACCGCUUCUUCAGGAAGCUCGACUGGCUGAAGCUCGAGAAGCGCGAGCUCGUGCCCCCGAUCCAGCCGCUGAUCACGGACCCCGAGCUCGCGGAGAACUUUGCGAAUGAGUUUACGGAUUUGGCGCUGAGUCCGGUGUCGAGUCGCAAGAGCACGUUCUCAGAGUAUGAUGUUACGAGUGCGGAGCAGAACCCGUUUGGGGGGUUUAGUUUUGUGGCGAGUCAGAGUUUGUUGGAUGGCGGGGAUUGGGGGGUUUAUUGA